AUGCAAAGAGCGGCACGCACAUGCGCUUGUCUUGGCCAGCAGAGUGCCAGCGGGUGCUUCCAGCCAGGACCUUGGGAUCGGCAACACGUCGAUGGAUGCGCAUUGUUAGAAGGCAAGGAGGAGGUCGUGUCCCUCACAGCAUCCUCUAAUUGUGACGGUCGCACGGUGCAAUAUGCCUUUUGGCAACUUGUCGGAGAUGUUCCGGAAGCCUUCCAGGUAGAGAUGGCCAGCGAUGCUUGGGAAGAGGCCUCGGCCGAGAUGAUCCGCAGGCUGCUCGCAGCCGGCGUUCAGCAGGGACAGGUUCUGUCCAUUGAUGCGCACAACACUGGACUGGACACCCCGGCGGUUUUACUGGCUGUUGUUCACCGAAGUCGUCCUGGCCGUGGGCCUCUGCAACUGAGCUGCGAAGUUUUCCGCAACACUGGCUCCUGGGAUGAGUUGUACCGCUCAGCUGGCCAGGCGGCAGUUGGCAAGGAGGUCGUGUCCCUGACAGGGUGCAGUUCCAGUAGUCAGAGCCUGGUUCUGCUUCUCUUCUCGGUGGGGUCCCGGCCGGAGGUUUCCGUUGUGGAUCACGUUGCAAGCGCGGCUGGCAGCUGGAACGGCGCAGCCGAGGAAAUGCUCCACCUCCUCCGCAGAAGAGGAGUGCAGAAGGGCCAGAUCCUGAGUGUGGACGCCCACAAUACUGGGCCCGAUGCGGAAGCGAGGUUUUGUGCACAUUUUUCGAGCUCACUACCUGGCCGUGGGCCGUUGCAGCUCAGCUACAAGUGCUUGAAUCUUCCCGCAAGGUGGGCGGACUUGGGAGCGGAAGGUGCCAUCAGAACAGCCUCGGAGACCGCAGUCACCGUCACCGGCUCCAGCAACGAAAAAGAUGCCUUCACUCUGUGUUGUCGGCCCCGGAGAGAACUCCGAUCCGUACAGGCUGGUUGGGAACUUCUUUCGGAACUGCGAGCGAAGGCCGAUCAAGCAGACAACCCCGGCGUUUGUCAGCAGGGCCGUGAGUUCGGGGAGCUCCUGCCAGGGAAUGUCAAUGUCAAUGUCGAUGCAGCGUCCAAGCCUGCAAAGAAGCCGGACCAUGAGUCAUGGGUCAGCAGUGCUUCUUUCAAAUGUUGGACCUUGUCAGCUAACGGCCGCGGGGAAAAGGCUCCGGAAAAGUUGGCACAUGGUGGCAAGCCACACGAAGCACUCAUGGACAUGCUGAAGACUGUCCACAAGGCAUCGCAGACGCUGAAGCAGACAGUCGGAGCCGACUGCCCAGUCUUCCAGGAGGCCUGCCCCUUCAAGAAUUGCAUCACAUCUAGCGGAACCCCAUUGGCCAUGGAGUUAGAGUGGCGAUCCUGGGGGCUGUGGAUCAGUGACGAGCAGACGGAGGCACCAACGACCGAGGCGCCAGAUGAGGGUCUGGCGUGCAAGCUCAAGGAAGGCACCAAAGACGCGCACCAGGCCGCAGAGACGGUGCACUUCGUGAAGGAAUUCGUGCGCGGAAGGGUGUCGCGCCAGAUCUACGCCCAGUUCGUUGUGAACCUUUACCACAUCUACCAGGCCCUGGAGGAGGCUCUGGAGGCGAAUGCUGAGCACCCUUUGAUUGAGAGCCUGCACUUCCCUGAAGAGUUGGAGAGGACAGCAGCACUGGACCAGGAUGCUGCGUUCUUCCUUGGAGAGAACUGGAAGAAUGAGACGCUUCCGUCCAAGACAACACGAGAAUACGUCAACCGGAUCAAGCAGGUUCAGAAGGAGUCACCUGAGCUUCUGAUCCCGCAUGCCUACACCAGGUACCUGGGUGACCUCAGUGGUGGACAGGUCCUGAAAAAGGAAAGCUACUGGACCCUCCUUGCCAUGGGGGCAGAGGCGCAGUCAGAAGUUUCACCUGACAGGUGGGAUCCCUCCAGCUACUAUGCGCCUGAGGGUGAUGCUGCCUCGCAGGGCCGAACAAGCACCAAACACGCAGCGUUCUUGGCGGCUUCUGAGCUGUGGGAGCUGGACCCAGGAUUCUAUGGCCUGCGGCAAAAGGAGGCCAAGUGUAUGGUUCCGGAGCAGCGCCUGGUACUUCGAACUGGCCAUCAGGCUCUGACCGAAGCCGGCCUCGAGCACUCUUUGAAGGGAAGCUGGAUAAGCACAUAUUUGGGUGACUGUGCAAAUGAGUCGGCAACUUAUUGCCCUACUUUAGAUGCGUGCCGCCAGACUGGCACGACGAGUGCUGCAACUGCUGCUCGCAUUGCUCACCUGUUUGGCCUGCGCGGCAGCACGUGUUCCUUCGACACCGCAUGCUCGUCGUCACUGGUGGCGCUAGGACAUGCUCAUGCGCAGCUCCGGAUAGCAUCGCAGAACGGGGGGUUGCAGAGUAGCACGGCCGCUGGUGCUUUGGUGGUUGGUGUGCGUGUCCUCUUCGGUCCUGAAGGCUUCGUCGGUCUAGGCGCAGCAGGUUUCUUAAGCCUACAUGGCCGCUGCUUCACUUUUGAUAGCGGCGCCCAUGGUUUCGGUCGCGGAGAAGGUUGUUGUGCUGUGUUUCUGGCAAAAGAUCACGAGGACGACGAUGUUGAAUUGCACUUAGCCAGCCUCUCCGGGAGCAGUGUGAAUCAAGAUGGUCGAAGUGCAAGCCUGACUGCGCCGCAUGGUCCAUCCCAACAAAGCUGCAUCCGAGCAUCCUUACUGAUGGCUAAGGUGAGCCCCAAUUCUGUAGCUGUGGCGGAAUGCCACGGAACGGGCACCUCUCUUGGAGAUCCUAUUGAGGUCGGUGCCUUGUGUGGGGUCAUGAAAAACCGCGGCUCCACGCCCUUGCUGAUGACCAGCUCAAAGAGCAACGUCGGCCAUGCCGAGUCUGCUGCUGGCCUGAACGGUUUGGUUAAGUGCUUCCUAAUGCUCAUAACCUCAGCAUCGGCACCCAACGUGCACCUGCGAGUCCUCAACCCGAAUCUGGAUACGGCUGGCUUCCCGUGCCUCUACGAGAGCGAGUGCGUGGAUGCUCACUGCAACUCCCAAAACGUUGGAGUGUCGUCGUUUGGCUUUGGAGGCACGAAUGCGCGGGCUGACCUUUGGGGUCACUGCCAGCAAGGGCCGAGGUCAGAGCUCACGCUAUCAGCCUUGUACUUCCCCUGUUCUAAUUGUGCUGCGCCAAUGUGCCGGAGCUGCGGGCAGGCUCCGCAAAGCUUAGAUCAGCAUCGCCGCUGGUGUGAGGGAGAGGGCGUGCGGUUCUACAUCUUCAAGCGCAUUCCUGACUUCAAGAACUUCAAGAAUAUGUAUCGUGCCCGCAUGGACAGCCUGCAGGCCGAUAGUGCAACUGCGGACCGUAUGGUCGAGGAGGCGAACUAUGCCUUCUUCUUGAACACGAGAAUAUUCCAGGAGUUAGACUCGCUCGCAGGCUUCGAGGCAGAGCCUGUACCACCACCGCGUUCUGCACCUGCUGCCAGUCACGCGGAGGCCGCAGCUCGUGCGGUGGCAGCUGGCUGCCCGUUUGCUAGCUUGGCCGCGCAAGGCCUAGCAAUGCCUGAUGGCCAUCCAGGCCUUUCUGAUGCCACAGAAAAGGCGGAGGAGGAGAUUCCGAAAGCCCCGGAAGAUGAGCACAGCAAUGGCGCUUGGCG